AUGUCGAAUAAGAGACGUUCAUCAAUGCCGGCGGCUGAAACCCUCGUGGAAGAAAAGGCGAAUAAGAGACGACGAACCUCAAUUCCGACGAUCACAUCCCCAGUCAAAGCCGUCGAGAGUAUGGAAGAGAUGGAGAACAAAGAGAAAACACAAAUAGCUUCACUUCCAUCCCAGAAUUUGCCCAAUAUGGAGAUCGACUGCCAAUUAUCAAAGUUUCCACAAGAAAUUCUCCGUAUGAUUUGCUCUCACGUUGGCUCACACGAACUUUCCAACCUUAGGUUUGUUUCGCGGGACUUCUCCAGCGCAGCAGCGACCCAUAUGUUCAAAGAACUAUCAUUUAAAUUCGAAGCUUCAUCAUUUCAAAAUUUAUUGCAUAUCGCCCGCAGUCCUCAACUUCGACGCCACGUUUUAAAGCUCACAUGUAAGGGUCAAUUUACAAUGGGUGCUUACAUAGAAGAUUAUUGGAGUCUACCACAUGUUGAGUAUCACUUCUUUCAUCAACGUGAGCUGGCAGAGGUUUUGAAGAGGCUGCCAAGUCUCAAUACUAUUCGAAUUGAUACGAACCACUGUGAUGCGCCAGAUGAAUAUUCCAUUAUUACGAACGGAUCGUUUGAUACGUUUUGGAACUUUCUAAAAUCAGCACUUGUUAAUGUAUCCAAUUUGAGAGCAAUAGAAUUGUAUUCACUCAAAUUUGAACCUAAUAUCUACAAACUCAACCGAUGUCCUACAGCAUUUUCUAAGAGGGAGAUGGAAAAACUCGAAAUUUUAAAGGAUUUCCACCUGUCGGUCAACCAUUCCAUCAUUGAUCAAGUUCCCGCGCUUCUUAAUUGCAUGCAAAACCUCAGGUCACUGUCUUUGGAAGAAGCGUCAAAUACUGAACAGGGACAUUGGGAUGGCAUGCGAGAUAUUUCCGAAUUUAUCAACCCAAGUACAGUAUUUCCGUCAUUGGAAUCCCUCGCACUCAAAUCUUUUCUUUUGAAUCAGCAGUAUUUCCAAGAGUUUUUACUCAAUAACGCCAAUUCUUUGCGCUCACUCAAGCUUGAGAAUGUGAGUAUCGAAAGUACAAAGGAAGAGUUCGAUUCCAAGGAACAUCUCAAGAGUAAUCCAUGGAUUCGAAUGUUCUACUUCUUUGCUCAAUCGUUACAUCUAGAGAAAAUUGAACUGUUUGGGGAACUGCGUACAUCAUGUUCAGGACUUUGGAGUUCAGCGUGUUUGUGUCGACAUAAUUGCGAUUCCUGUCGUUCAUCGGCUUUGAUGUUGAGCCUUCAAAAUUUCAUUACACAUGUUGAAGGCUCAUCAUUUCCUUUACCACAUCCAGAUGAGGACCUUAGGCAUGUGGAUAUAAAAAGGUACUACCUUUGGACCAAGGAUGAUGUUUACGAGGGCGCAACGGAUCCUGGAUUUUAUUUGCUACCCCAACUGGCUAGGAGAGGGGAAAUUCGAUUAUUGGAAAGAGAACCAUUCAAAACUUCUACCUUCAAGUCAUACAUGCCAUGGACAGAACCAGAGUCAAAUUCAGAUUCAGAUUCAGAUGAUGGUAGGGAGGCGGAAGAAGAAGAGGCAGAGGGGGAGUGGGAAGAUGGGGAAGAGGGUAAGGAGGGGGUAUGGGAGGAGGAGGAGGAGGAGGGGGAGGAGGAGGGGGAGGGAGAGGGAGAGGAAGAAAUUCCGAACAGACCAGAUGGCAACUCUCCAAGACACUCCGCAUUCCAUUACACUAUGACUCAAAUCCGAGCCAACAGAAAUCUAUGGAACGAUGAGGAGAGAAAUUUCAUAAUGAAUACCUUACUCGAGGGAUUUAUGGAAGACGAUGAAUGA